CCCAAACACUAGAUGGCGAUAUUCUGGUUUAGUCGGUACACGCCUAACCAAAGAUGCAAAGAAGUCACACACAAAGACGCGAGAAGUAGGAAGUAACGGAACUGGUUUGUUGCCAUUUAUUUUCCAAACAACGUUUGCCAGUUCUUGUUAUAAAUAACCGAACAUCCCACAUAUUCACAAUGAACCUGGAGAGACUUCCAAACGAGGAGAAACUUAACCUGUGCAGAAAGUAUUACUUAGGUGGAUUUGCCUUACUGCCAUUCCUGUGGCUGGUCAACGUGGUUUGGUUUUUCAAAGAAGCUUUUUUUAAGCCAGUCUACACCGAACAGCUCCAGAUAAAAACAUAUGUGAAACGCUCUGGAGUGGGAUUGCUGUUGUGGGUGGCAGUACUCACCACUUGGAUCACUAUUUACCAGCAUUACAGAGCCGAGUGGGGCGAAAUGGGAGAUUACAUCUCCUUUAAUAUUCCACUGGGCAGUCCUUGAGCCCCUUUAUUUGACUAUAAUACUUAUUUUUCUCAAGAUGAAUAGUGUGUUCAAUCAAUAAUUCCUACUGGGUGUAUGUGUAAAAAAUAGUUGGUUAAAGUUAUAUGAUUUAGUUUGUUCAAGACCAAUUGUUCACGCAAGAUAUCUUAACUUUUGGCAAAAGUGUAUUUAGGUUCAUGUUUGAAAGUAGUCCGGUUCUACCUUUUGUUAUGGAUGACUGUUAAUAAAACACUUGUUAUUUCAAA